GAAGCCAAGCUGCAUAAUUUGGAAAAUGAGACUAUGGGCACCUCCUGGAUCAGAGUUCUCACACCGGAGUUUAAGAAACCUUACUUUUGCAAGUUAAAAGAAUUUCUAGUGGCAGAGCAUCUUUCGCACACUAUCUUCCCUUCUGUGGACAACAUUUAUUCAUGGUCGCGACUGACUUCUUUAGAUCAAGUCAAAGUUGUCAUCCUUGGCCAGGACCCAUAUCACAACGUUGGCCAAGCUCAUGGUCUUUCGUUCUCCGUUCUGCCCCCAACUAAACCACCGGGCUCAUUGAAAAACAUUUACAAACAACUCUCGACGGAUUUUCCAACUUUUUCGACACCAAAAUCUGGCGACUUGACGCCAGUCGCCAAACUUGGUGUUCUGUGGCUAAAUACUAGUCUAACAGUUCGAGCCCACAAGGCAGCUUCUCAUUCCAACAAAGGUUGGGAGGUGUUCACUGGCCAAGUCCUUCGUGCCGUUUUGCAGCGCAAGGAUGAGGAAGACGCAGGCGUGGUGCUCAUGGCAUGGGGCCUGCCAGCACAAAAGACUUGCGCAAAGUUAAACAUAAAUAAACAUCUCCUCCUUGAGUCAGCUCAUCCAUCGCCUCUGUCAGCUCAUAGGGGUUUUAUUGGAAAUGGUCACUUCAAAUUGGCUAAUGAGUGGCUGCGCAGCAACCACGGAGAAGGCGCAGAAAUUGACUGGACAGUACUUAACGAGAAAUAAUAGGCUCCCUCGACUCUAUUGUUGAAAAUAUUUUAUACCCUCUAUCUCACACCACGGCAAUGGAAACCUCCUUUGUGUGGCAAUCACAAAGCCAACUUGUCCACUUCAAUGAACUUACAAAUUGCCGUCAUCUUGAGCUGACCGCCCUCACAGCCAACAAGUGGCCACCACCCUUCGCCCUCUUUCCUGCGUCCGCUGGAAGGUCGUCCAAAGCGAUAGAAAUGCACCCCGUGAGACGAGAUGUUGGAUCCUUUUCUGUUAAGUUUACAAUGACCAUUGAAGUAGCCCGUCCAUCAAAACAGAGACAUCCAAAACCUGACGCUAUGCUUGGCUCGCUUUCCCUUUUCACGGAUGUGAUGUGGAUUGGGCUUUCGUCCCAACCUAAACUGAUGAUCACCACAUUGUAUAACGAAGUGCUCAGGUUUUUUGCUCCGUGAA